CGCUGGGUUGCAGCCCCGGUUGUGGCGGUUUUGGUGCCCGAAGCCGGGAGCGCCGAGUCGUUCCCAAGAGAGGCGGCCAGGCUAUGAUCGCCGGUCUCCAGCGUCCCGCUCCCGUCAGCCAGCGUUCUCGUCUCAGCCUGUGCCCGUGCCGGAGCCGUCUCCCCAGCCCGGCCCCGCGGCGCGGCUGGCUUCGGCGCCCCUGGCGCGCCCCCUCCUCCGAUGGCGGCGGAGAUUCAGCCCAAGCCGCUGACCCGUAAGCCGAUCCUCCUGCAGCGGGUCGAGGGGUCUCAGGAGGUGGUGAAUAUGGCGGUGAUUGUGCCCAAGGAGGAGGGCGUCAUCAGCGUCUCGGAGGACAGGACAGUUCGUGUUUGGUUAAAGAGAGACAGUGGACAGUAUUGGCCAAGCAUAUACCAUGUAAUGCCUUCUCCAUGUUCAUGCAUGUCUUUUAAUCCGGAAACAAGAAGACUGUCCAUAGGUCUAGACAAUGGUACAAUCUCAGAGUUUAUUUUGUCAGAAGAUUAUAACAAGAUGACUCCUGUGAAAAACUAUCAAGCGCAUCAGAGCAGAGUGACGAUGAUCCUCUUUGUCCUGGAGCUGGAGUGGGUGCUGAGCACGGGACAGGACAAGCAAUUUUCUUGGCACUGCUCUGAGAGUGGGCAGCGUCUGGGAGGUUAUCGCAUCAGUGCUGUGGCCUCGGGCCUGCAAUUUGAUGUUGAAACCCGGCAUGUGUUCAUCGGUGACCAGUCAGGCCAAGUAACAAUCCUCAAGCUGGAGCAAGAAAACUGUACCCUGGUCACAACAUUCAGAGGACACACAGGUGGGGUCACUGCUCUCUGCUGGGACCCAGUCCAGCGGGUGUUAUUCUCUGGCAGUUCAGAUCACUCUGUCAUCAUGUGGGACAUUGGUGGGAGAAAAGGAACAGCCAUCGAGCUCCAAGGACACAAUGACAAAGUCCAGGCCCUGUCCUAUGCACAGCACACGCGGCAGCUCAUCUCAUGUGGCGGUGACGGUGGGAUCGUUGUCUGGAACAUGGACGUGGAAAGGCAGGAGACCCCUGAAUGGUUGGACAGUGAUUCCUGUCAAAAGUGUGAUCAGCCUUUCUUCUGGAACUUCAAGCAAAUGUGGGACAGUAAGAAAAUCGGCCUAAGACAGCACCAUUGCCGCAAGUGCGGGAAGGCGGUCUGCGGCAAGUGCAGCUCCAAGCGCUCCUCCAUACCUCUCAUGGGCUUCGAGUUUGAAGUGAGAGUCUGUGACAGCUGCCACGACGCCAUCACAGACGAAGAACGUGCGCCCACGGCUACCUUCCAUGACACUAAACAUAACAUUGUGCAUGUACAUUUUGAUGCAACCAGAGGAUGGUUACUGACUUCGGGAACUGACAGGGUUAUUAAGUUGUGGGAUAUGACCCCAGUAGUGUCUUGAGGACUCUCCCAGGAAUCAGAAAGAUAGUAUUUCCUAAAGAAACUAUUAUUCUAAUCCAAAUCAUUACUGGAGAGGGAGAACAGAUAUGUGAGAAGUGAGAGCAAAACUGAAGACCCUGGAGGGACUGCAUAUCACCUACAAGCACAGCAGUGACCUAGAGAAUGGCCACAUGCAAGGGGACUCUUCAACUUGUUCAUACAAUAUAAAAGAAGAUAUUUUUUUAACAAGUGGUUUAUACAGUCUGGCUGUGCUACAUUGUUUUGAGUAUACUGAAAACUCUGGGGUGUUUAAUUUUUAUAUUUUGCAGCACUCCAUUUUACUUGUUGCUUUGUGUGUGGGAGAAAUGAGGGAAGCAUCUGUUCAGGGUAUUUGGGUCAUUAUAAAGUAGUUCCCGUGUUUCUGUACUUCGGCAUGUAUCAUAUGGCCAGCAUCUCUUUCUUCCCUUCUCUCUGCAUCUACCAGCACCUUCUCUGCUUUUCACCAGAGUAUAUAAGGGUACUUCAGAAAGUUUGUGGAAAAAUGGAAUUAAAAGAUAAUACAAAUAUUUCCAUGAACUUUUUGAAAACCCCUCAUAUGUAUUUUCACUGUUUAUUCCCAGUGUUUCUGCUUUCAUGUCCUCUUCCAGUAGAGAGAUUUGGAAAACCAUUUGUGUGGAUUCAGCUACUGACUUCUUGAAUCCCCUGAACAGUGAUCUGUUGUAAUGUCUGACUUCUUCCUGGUCUUAUUGACUAGCAGUGACCUGUGUUUCUGCCUCAGUUUUCUCUGUAUUUCCAUAUUCAAAAAUGUUCCCAAUCAUCAUCAUCACAGUAGAUUAUUAUAACUCAGAGCUUCAACUCUCAGUGCCUGGAUCAUUUGGAAUUCAGUUGGAGCCUUCUGAGCCUUUUAUGUUUUAGUUUUUUUGACACAGCUCUUCCUUACUCAUAACAUUAAAAACAAACAAAACAAAAAAACCCUACAUGCUUCAAAAAUAAGUGUCUUUAAGAUGUGUCUUUCUGUGUGACAUCAUCUCUGAACUUGAACAUGUUCUUUACUGCAAGAUCAUAAUACUGCUCUAUUCCUCACCAUCUGUAUUUUCUUCCCCUUUAAAAACUAGAUAUUUAGACAUUUUUUCCUAGUGUAUUUCAUCAGAACUCUUUGCACACUUUCAUACUAAAACUAAAUGUGAUCUGAUACUCAGAGGUACUGAAUCCUACGGUUCAUGCUGUCUUCCUACUGGAAAUGUAAAAGAAGACUUAAGAAAAUGAACCAGAAGAAUUCUUAUUUCUAAGAGAAUCCAGUCAAGCUUGAUAAAAUGAAAUAUUCUUGUGUUCAGUGACUCAACUUGGGAUAUUGUAGUCUUUUUUUAAAAGCCUUAUUUUCACUUGCAAAAAUAGAAUUGAAAUUAACAGCAAGCAUGUGCAAGCAAACCUGCCCCAUUCUGAGCACUUUACAUAUACGACCUCAUUCGGUCCUCACCUGUCGGGAGCAUCGGGGACCACCAAGUCUCUUGAGGAUAACCAGGUCGAUGAAGCCUUCCAAAUGAACAGGCCAGUUCCUUGCCCUUCCCUGUCCAAGCCCUACCUCCACAAUACCUUGUUCUCUUCUGAUUUGACAGUUUUGGGGUAGUAGGAUUUGAGUGAAGUUAGAAUCCUCCCUAUUAUUUUUCCUCUUCUGGAAAGCAUUUUUUCCCUCAUGAUCAUUUGUUUCUUUUCUAACUGGGGGAAGUACGAUAGCCAUACUUGCCUACCACCCAUAGACCAAGUGCAAGGAGAUGGGGCUUCCUGGAGGUGAUCCUGCUGCCCCAGCAUUGAGAAGCAGAGCCAGUGUGUAUGUCUUGUGAAGCCACAGUACGGGACAACUGUCACCUGGGACUUAGAGCAGCCCAUGUGACCAGAACUCGGAGGACACACACGCACACACACACAGAAGCCAUUACCACUCGUCACUUCUCUGCCUCCUUCCACACUGCCCUUGCUUGCACAAGUCACAGCUGUUAUAACUCCUUUGAGUCUUUUCUGCAUGAUUGCUCUGUGAGGGAGCUUUAAAAAGGGAAUUAAAUUUGAAAUAUUCAAAUACCUGUUUUAUAAUUUAUUGCUGGAAACUGCAGCCACUUACUAAGUUGUACAUAAUAGGGAACUGUGUGUUGGAAAUGAGUAGCAGAAAUGAAGCCCUCUCUUUUCCCAUCCUGAACAUGGAAGCUUGGCCUGUAGGUAGGGAGGGAAACAUGGUGUUAAGAGGCGGAGGCUCAGGCGCCCAUCAAGCCCUACAUGGAUUCUGAGUUAGGUCUAAGCAAGUUCAGACGUCAUUCGGGGAGCUGAGGUCCUGUCACGUGACAUGUACAGUGUGGUCGCUGUGGUCUGUGAGUCUGCACUUCACUCUGGCCAUCUCCCUCCCAGCCCUGCGGUGGCCAAGCCCUCAAGAGGCCACUCAGAGGUCGAAACCACUUGAUAUCUUGCUGGUGAGACUCACAGUCCAAAACCACAGGUACAGCAAGGUGUCUACUGCUCUGCCCUUGGCUUUCCCCUCCUCUGUGUGGGUGCUGGAAUUUGGAGAAAAGAGUUUAGCAAACCAGUUGUGUGUGUUUUUAAUACUGUGAAUGCUUGAGUUUUGCAUUAAGUGGCUCCACCAUUUUGCAACUUGUAGAGAACUAUGUGCUGAUGUUGGGAUUCUGCCAAGCAUUUUAUGUAAGUGGAGGCUUCUUUCCUUAGUAAAGUGAGUGAAAGCUGGCACAGCACUUGGCUUUUCUCCUGUCCAGGUAAACUGUCAUAGUUCUUGUUUUACCCUAUAGGAUUUGCACUUGACAUAUAUUUUUGCUCUAUUAUUUAAACAUACAGCAGCUCAGACAAAUAAUGCCAAACAUGGCUGUGUUGGAAGAGUGGCAACACUGCAUAUAUCAUACACAAACCUGUUCUCUAUUUGAUAGGAUAAAACCAAUCAUAUGCUCUUGGUUCCUGCAAAGGAAUCACAUUACUGGAGCUUUCACCUUCCUGGAUGAUGUUUCUACAGUAGCAAAAAUGGUUUUAGAUGAAGUACUUGGAACCUUGUGUCAUUUGAUACGAGGUCAAUCAACGAUAAUGUAUUUCUCAUUUGACUGAAUUGUUGAAAGAAUCAUACAAUCACAAAACUGGAAGGGAUCUUCAGACAUCUAGAAUGUUCCAUGCAGAAAACAAUUUGGUCAUACAUGGCAGUCAGCAAUAGCUGAGGUGUAAACAAGAGAAUCUAAAAGAAUGUUCGUGGAACAAUUGUGUUUGAACUUAACCUCCUCAUGGCAUGAGUGGGAGGUUCAACCUCGGUGCCUUGAGACAGGAGCUCUCUGGAACCAGGUUUACUCCUCUUAUCAUAAGCAUAUUUGACACUUCACUUGGCCCCAGCCCUGUGGUUAUGAGCAGGUGGGUACUACACGAGGAGGCAAGUACUGCAGUUCUUCAGCCUUUAAACUCCUUCCUCCACUUUUCCCCACAGACUACCCGAGUGGCAACAUUUAAGUGAAAAAUCCAGUGGCACUGAAAACGCACCUUGCCCUGUCUGUCUGAAGGCUAGUGGGCCUACAGCAUUUCUUCUCUUAUGGAACACUGUCUUUUCAUCUUCUGAGAUUCAAUUUUUAAGAGGAUAAUUUAUUUUUGCUUAACAAUCAAUUAUUAAGGCUCAAAUUUUGGCUUUUAAGCAAAAAAAGAUAGCUCUAAACUAUGUGUCACAGUUAUUGAACAUAAAUAUUCAUUAAAUGAGAUUCCUUUGGUUUUGCUUUUUCAUGGUUUAAUUGUAUGGAAAUUAUCUCUUUCACUAAGAUUUGUAUUUUAAAGUGAAAGAGCAUUUUGUUAAAACAUUCUUUUUUCCUCCUCUCCUUUAAAAUAAUGUUAAGUUAAAUUUUUCCUGUUGUGAAAAUGGAUAUUUAGCUACUUGAUUGGAAAACACAGAAAUCAAAUCCAUUUUGAACACUGAGUUAUCCAGAUGAUCCUUGAGAUUCUAGUCUAGGUCAACCAACUAAUUUGUUGAAUGCCCACCAUACACAAGGCUUUGAACUAGGCCCAGGGGUUACAAGGUCUCUAGGUCUACUCCCAGCUAGACAGAGGCCACACAAUGAAUACAUGGGAUUGUUUCAAUAGGAUGUGAUUAAUAUAACGACAGUGGUGUGCUUGGGGUCCCACCCCAGGAGCUGCCCAGAGUGACCCUAACCCAGCAGGUGGGGCAGAAAGGGCUUCACAAAGGAGACGACUUCUAAGCUGAGAGUUAAGAGAUGAGAAGGAGUUGAGUAAGGGGGGGGAAGGAAAUGAGUUUACAAGCUGCAGAAACAGUAUAAACAAAGCCCAAGAUCUGGAAUCAGCCUGGUGUGCCCAAGGACCACAAGUGGGUUGGAGCUAGCAGAGCAUAUCAGGUGACUCAGCUGCGGUCCUGGAGCCCGGGCUCUUGUCGUUAGACAAGACACUGAUGCUCCAUGGCCUCAGAACAAGAGGCACACACAGUUCACCAUGAAAGGUUUACUUAGGCUCAUCCUGCAGUCAGUGCUAGUAUCAGUUUCUCUUUUGGAAAUCUCUAGAAUGGUUAUCUGAAAAUGACCCAUGGUAACUAAUUUUUGACCUUUCUGGGUACACAGCCUUUCACUGGAGGCUUUGAGGUGGAGCUGGAGACCAUCGCAUGGCCCUUGGCCUGGAAGAACUUACAGACUAAGGCUCAGCCACUCCGCUUUGAAAAUCAAGACCUUGCACUGAGCAGGAGUAUGCAUUGCAUGAGUGCACUCCUCUUGAUCUGAGGAGUGUGCACUGGACUGUGUGCAGGCCAAGUGUUUGGGUGGAGAAGCAGGCAGCUGCUGUCUUCUGUUCCCUUCUCGGCUUUAGACUGCUUUCACAGUAACAUCAUUUUAGUACAAUGUGUAAAUGUGGCAAAUCCUUACCACAGGGCACUUGCCAAGUAGAAGGGAAAGAUUUUUCUCAAUUCAGGAAUAGUAAAAAGGGCUCAGGCAGCCACCGCCCGCCAAGGCAGGCACACAGCACACCAGGGCUGGGCUUGGCAGCGCCUGUUUCUUGCUAUUACAUCUUUUGCCUUUUUCUUUCAGGACCCAAGUACUGUAUGUCCAUAACUGAAUUCAGCAACAUCUGUGUUCAUGUUUAAACUUCAGCUCACCUUCACAGCCAAGAACCACAUACCACCCCUCAGGGGUUUAGUUUGUAUUUUUGCCUUUAAACAUUACCCUUUCCACCAAGAGGCUUAUUUAGGUCUAACAAUGUCUAAAAAUUCAAUCUGUCCUAUGUUGGAAUGGGAUCCCUCCCUUGUAUUUCCCAUGCCUGGGAAUUUCUUAAUAGACAGUAGGUAGCCCCUUCUCAGAAACAUUAAAAAGGAAAUUAAAACAAGUGAGGAAUGAAUUUGUAGUCAUUUUCAAGUUCCCUUCCAGUGCUGUGAUUCUGUGAUUCCAUGAAUCUUGUUUAUUAUUGGACUGGUCCACGGACUUCACUGAGACAAACGAGAGCACAUUGCCAUGACUUUGUCUUCUGUCAUAUCAAGUGAAUUACUUUCUGGGUUUUGUUAUGUAGAGCCUCGUAGGUUUGGUUUUAGAAAAAGAUGGUGAAGAUGGAAAUUAAUCAUGGUACCAUCUCAUUAAAAAUAGAUACCUCAAAAUGUUCACCUUUAUGAGCCAAGAGUAUCUGACUUUCUUGGGAGAGGAAGUGUUGGGGUUAGUUCAGAGGUUAGAUUUAGAAUCUGACCUUGAUAUUUAUGAUUCUUUUUUUCUUUCUUAGUUCUCUGGGAUGCAUGAGAGGGUGAGCUAUAACUCACAAAAAGGGAAAAUGGUUUGAAAAAAUUAUCUCACUUAUAUACAUUUUUAAGAAAUCAUUUACAUGGAUGGCAGCCUGUGUCAGCAUACAUAUGAAGUGGACCAAAACACUUGUGUCACUGUUAACCAUUGCACUCAUAUAUGUAUCUUGUACCAUUUGCCAUGGUUUUUAAAUGACUGUUUUUUCAAGGUACUGUUGUUUUGCAAAAGAAAAUCUUUAUGUGAAAAGUGCAAAAACAGUUAUAACUGGACAACAGGGAAGGUGCUACCCCACGAGUGCCUGCCUACCCCUUCAUUCAUAACCAGGGACAUGGACUCUUGCAUUCUGCACAGCCAGCAGGCUGCAGCCCUCAUCUGGACCUGGCUGCAGUGGUGUGUUACUUCCUGGAUAUCUUUUUCUUUUUUUGCAAUGAGGAUGUUCUCCAAGGGCUCAGGCUGAGAAUGUAGUAAGCCUGAAACUGGGCCAGAUUUCUCCGGUGUGUCUCUAGCUCUCUGCCAUGAGAAUCCACUAAGCAGACCAACCAGUCGAGUGUGAUUAGGUGGUAAUGAACAAGAAGUUCCUGUGAUGUUGACAUGUCUGCAUCCAGGCCUGCGUUCAAAUGCUGCUGAAUGUUUCCACUCAGCUCACUUUCCCACUGUGCUUCCCUCUAACUGAAGUUACGUGUAGCCAUUACCAAGUAAGACUCUGAAUGCAGAGUUGCCUCCAGGACUUAAAAUAAAUCUCUG